AUGGUUCGCUUCUCCGUUGCCGCCCUCGUCUUUACGGCGGGUUUCGCCGCAGCCCACCCCGCAGCCUUCCACCAGGCCAGCGGCAUCUUUGCGCGCCAAAACUGCGCGGCCAUCAAGGACCAGCCCGGGUCGCAGAGCGUCGGCACGGGCUCGGCCCAACAAUUCAUCACGGGCCAGUGUUUAUCCGCGGCCGAUUGCGCAUCCGGAUGCUGCGUUGCCCAAAAUGAUGGCAGCGGCGAGUGCAGGAACCGGAUCCCGACCGAGGAACGCGGGGCUACCUGCGACUUUGUCUGCGGCGGGGCAUCCAUCCCGGCCAAUCCUGGGAACAACGGCGGCACCGGUGCGGGGGCCGGCGGGAACACGGGCAAUGCUGGCAAUAACAACAACAACAACAACAACAAUAACGCCGGUAACAAUAAUGCCGGUGCCGGUGGCCAGUGUGCCAACGUCAACACCUCGAUCCCGGGGUCUCAAAACGUCGGCACUGGAUCUGGGACGCAGUUCAUCACCGGCCAGUGUCUCUCGCCCGCCGAUUGCGCCUCGGGCUGCUGCGUCGCUCAGGACAGUGGUAUUGCCGAGUGCAAGGCGCCGCUCCCAACUGCCGAGAAGGGACUGAGCUGCGAUUUUACCUGCGGCGCGGCGGCGAGCUCCUCAACCGCGGGGAACAGAGGAAGCGGAAACAGGCAGACCGGCGGCGGUAACAACCGCAACAGCAACAGCAGGAACAGCAACAACAGGAACAACAACAACAACAGCAAUAAUGGCAAUAAUGGCGCGGUCACUGCCCCCGCCCCCGCCCCUGGCCCCGCCGCCCAGGGUACAUGUGGAAACGUUGACCAAUCGCUGUCGGGGUCUCAGAAUGUCGGCACCGGAGCCGGAACCCAGUUCAUUACGGGCCAGUGCUUCUCUGCCGCCGAUUGUGCCUCGGGCUGCUGCGUCGCGCAGAGCAGCGGCAUCGCCGAGUGCAAGGCGCCAAUCCCCACCGCCGAGAAGGGGCUCAGCUGCAAUUUCAGCUGUAGCGCAUAG